AUGCUUACGAAUCUCAAUUCGCAUGCAACAGCAGCUGAAAUGAAUGCGAAGAGUUCUAAACAUACAUCUGGAAAAAAAGUACAAGGUUCCAAUCUAAGAAAGAGCAAAAUAUACUCUGCCCUUAAAAUUUCUCACUUGCCGAAGCAUUUUGAAGAAGAGCAGUUGCGGAAGUAUUUCUCGCAAUUUGGUCCUGUUUACGGCAUUUAUUUGCCCAGAUCGAAAAAGACACUUAAUGCAAGAGAUAAGGCAUUUAUCUUGGUGGAUAAGGAGAUAGCACCCAUAAUCGCCUCAACUGUACACAACGUCCUCAACUUCAACAGGAUUAUGAAAUGUGUUGUUCUAGAGAGCUACUACCCGAGUUGGUUUAAUAGAACUCCGCAAAGGUUAUCCUCUGUCGACAAGGAGAAACUCCGCCGUGCUAGAAGCGCAGUAAAGCCGGCGAAAAAUGCCUCCAAGAGACGAAUGAAGAGUCUCCGCAACCGCGUCGCCGCCCUCAAGAAACUCGCUCCAGGAUUUCAGUUAAACAUGGCUAGUGACAGCCGGCCCACUCCUUCGACUUCAUCCUAG